UUAAAAAAAUACAAAAACUGUGCUACUUUUGAAAUUAUUAUAAAAUGAAAUAAAAACAUGACAGUAAAACAAUUGAAUUGUUCUUAAUAAUGUGAUAAUAUAUGUGUUUAGCACUAUAAAAAUGGGUUUUUUUAACAUAAAGAAAAGUGAUCUCAUAAACUUACUACAUAGAUUUUUUCCGAUAUUGGUUUGGCUUCCUCAAUAUAACUUUACUAAAUUGCGCGGAGAUGUUAUUGCUGGAUUGACAUGUGGGUUUGUCGUUAUUCCUCAAAGUAUUGCAUUUGCAAAUCUUGGAAAACUUCCUGCACAAUAUGGAUUAUACGCAUCUUUAACUCCUGGAUUAAUUUAUGCAAUAUUUGGCACAUCAAAAGAUGUCAGUGUUGGUACAACGGUGACUCUAGGGUUAUAUACAUCAAGUUUUAAUUCAACUCAUAGCACUAUUGGAGCAUCUCUUCUAAGCUUCUUAACUGGGGCUAUUUUGGUACUGAUGGGGAUUUUUAAACUUGGUUAUAUGAUCAAAUAUGUACCUCAACUAGUUAUCAGUGCGUUUGUUUCAGCGACGGCUAUUACAAUUAUGGUAACACAACUUUCGAAUUUAUUUGGUAUUAAAAAAGCGCCUCGAAAUGUGUUUGAAAUUCUAAAAUUCAUCGUUGUAAACAUACGCGAUACUAAUAAAUGGGACAUAAUAAUGGGCGUUUGUUGUAUAGCAUUUUUGAUUUUUUUUGUCUGGCUUUCUAGUAGAAAGUUUGGUAAUAAAGAAAAAAGUAAGAUCAAAACGUUUGCAGUAAAACUGAUUUUGUUUUUAAGCGCUUCUAGAAUGGUUUUAGUGUGCUUCUUUGCAACAACUGCUGUUUACAUAUUCCAUAUAUAUGGGUUGAAAGAAAAAUUUACAACGGCUGGAAUAAUUCCAAAAGGUUUACCCAAAUACCAGAGUCCAUUUCAAUCAUACAAAGAUGGAAACAUUACGGUUAAAACAACUGGUCAAUUAAUAGAAGGUUUUGGUGCUUCUCUUAUUAUAUUACCCAUAAUCAUGUUUAUUGAACAAAUGUCUAUAACAAAAGCAUUUGCUAAAAAGUUCAAUUAUAAAGUAAAGGCGCAGCAAGAAUUAAUUGCAAUUGGAAUGUGCAACAUAAUUGCUUCUUUUUAUGGAGGUUGGGUUGUAGGUGGGGGCUUUUCGCGUUCUGCCCUUAACGCCAUGAGUGGUGCUCAAACUCCUUUAGCAGGUGCAAUUUCAGGACUGAUUGCGUUGAUAGUUCUUGAGUUCAUGACUCCAGCUUUAUAUUAUAUUCCAUCAGCAGCUUUAGGAGCUAUGAUGGUAAUGGCAGUUGUUACAAUGAUUGAAAUGAGUAUACCAAAAAAUAUUUGGAGUUUGCACAAAUGGGAUUUGCUGCCGUUUUGUGCUGCGUUUUGCACAAGUUUUUACAAACUAGAGUAUGGCGUCAUUGUAGGGACAGGUAUCGCAAUUUUAGUACUACUUUCCCGCGAGGCGCGUCCAAAAUAUUUACUUGAAAAAAAUGAAGCGGAGAAAUAUAUCAAACUACUACUGUUAGAAAACUUGACCUAUCCUGGUGUAGAAGCAGUGAAUAAAACAAUUUAUUCUGAAGUCAAUAGUUGUACUUGGAUUGAAACCGUGUUUUUAGAUAUGUCUGCAAUGGUUCGAGUUGAUUUUACAAUACUUAAAAACUUUGAAUUUUUAAAAAACGAGUUUUUAAAAAAGAAAAUUGUUCUUUGUUUUAUAAACUUCUCUCGCAUUCCUGUUCAAAGAAAGUUUUUAAAGGCUGGUUUAAUUACCAAUGAAGAAGAUUUGACAAUAGUAAAUAAUUCUUUAGGAAAAACUUUCGAUCUGGUUGAAAAUAAUGAUCUGAAAAUUGGAUUAACAGAGGAUGAUGAUUUAGAACUAGAAAUGGCAGUUUUAAAUAAAAUGAGCGAAAAUGAAGUGAAUACUGUGGAUGUCUUGGAAAAUAUUGGAGUCGUGCAUUUUAGAGACAAAUAUGCUGCAACUGUUUUAAGCGAAAAUUUUUCUGGAAAUUUUUCUUAUGAAAUCAUUAAAAAUCUAUUUCUUAAUCAAAAUAUUGAACCAAAAGGUCACAGAUACAAUGAUGAAGUAAAAAAGUUUGCAUUAACUCUUCAUUUUUAUUCUCCACGUGCAUAUAACUUUCUUCAACCAAAAUUGUGUCUUCCUGCUGCCAGUUUAAUUAUGGCUGCUAAAAGCACUGAAAAGUUAUCCACCGAUCUGUUGACACUUCCAGAGAAACCAUUUAAGUAUGUUUUAACUUACAAGUAUUCCCAAGAUCUUCUUGAACUACUAUUUGCUUCCAUUCGCAGCAAAAAAGGUUACAACAAUAAUCCUGAUGUAGUACAGUUAAAGUCAUCUUUAAAACGAAUUCUGAUAAGAAAUUCCAUAGUUGGAUCGAAUCAUGCAAACUGCCUAAUGUUUGAAGCCUAUUCUAAUGGUUCUAUUUUUUCUCUUAAUUGGAGUAAAAGGUCAUGUUCUGUUGAUAAUUUUGAUCAGGAUGAUAUUGACUUAGAAAAAGUUUCUUUGUACUGGGAUGAACUUCAAAUGACUAGCUACAAAGAAGCAAUACUUGAAUAUAUCUCUGGUUUUAUAGUCAGAAAAUUGAUAAACAUGAUUUCUUGUAAUAUUUGUGUUCAAUCAUUAACUGAAAUUUUAUCAUACGAACAUUCCUAUGUGAAAUCUUAUUCUUCGUUAAAUAAUGUGAAAAAUUGCGGUGGUUUGUUUUUGCCAUCAAGGAAUGUUAUUUCUGUUGUUGAGUCAUGUGAAAAUAUAUUUAACUUCUUCAUUAGUGAUAAAGAUUUUAAAAAACCAAAAAUCACCUCUGGCCGAAGUAUAAAGCAGAAAAUGAUUCAUUGUGUUAACAAAUUAAUCAUGAUUAAAAAAUACAGCACUUUAAUAAUGACUUUUUCAAACAUUAAGAAAAGCGAUCUUAUAAACCUCCUACAUAGAUUUUUACCAAUAUUAGUCUGGCUUCCUCAAUAUAACUUGAUUAAAUUGCGUGGAGAUAUUAUCGCCGGGAUAACAUGUGGAUUUGUUGUUAUUCCUCAAAGUAUUGCGUUUGCAAAUCUGGGUAAACUUCCUGCACAAAAUGGAUUAUAUGCUUCUUUAACGCCUGGUUUAAUUUAUGCAAUUUUUGGAACAUCAAAAGAUGUUAGCGUAGGUACAGCAGUUACUCUAGGGUUAUAUACAUCAAGUUUUAACUCGACUCACAGCACUAUAGGAGCAUCCCUUCUAAGCUUUUUAUCUGGUAUUAUUUUGGUGUUGAUGGGCUUAUUAAAAUUAGGUUAUAUGAUCAAGUACGUACCUCAACUCGUCAUCAGCGCGUUUGUUUCAGCUACGGCUAUUACUAUUAUGGCAACGCAACUUUCGAAUUUAUUUGGAAUUAAAAAAGCUCCUCAAAAUGUAUUUGAAAUUCUAAAAUUUAUCAUUGUGAACGUUAAACGUACCAAUAAAUGGGACUUAAUUAUGGGCAUUUUUUGUUUAGCAUUUUUAUUGUUUUUUGUUUGGCUAUCCAGCAGAAAGCUUGAUAAUGAAAAGCAAAAUAAAGUUAGAUUAUUCGUAGUAAAAUUAAUCUGGAUUUUAAGUGCAUCUAGAAUGGUUCUUGUGUGUUUUUUGGCAACAACUGUUGUCUACAUAUUUCACGUAAAUGGUUUCAGAGAGAAGUUUUCUACGGCUGGAAUAAUUCCAAAAGGUUUGCCUAAAUACCAGAGUCCAUUUCAACCAUACAAAGAUGGAAACGUUACGGUUAAAACAACUGGUCAAUUAAUAGAAGGUUUUGGUGCUUCUCUUAUUAUAUUACCCAUAAUCAUGUUUAUUGAACAAAUGUCUAUAACAAAAGCAUUUGCUAAAAAGUUCAAUUAUAAAGUAAAGGCGCAGCAAGAAUUAAUUGCAAUCGGAAUGUGCAACAUAAUUGCUUCUUUCUAUGGAGGUUGGAUCGUAGGUGGUGGCUUUUCGCGUUCUGCUGUAAAUUCUAUGAGUGGUGCUCAAACUCCUUUAGCAGGUGCAAUUUCAGGGCUGAUUGCGUUGAUAGCUCUUGAGUUCAUGACUCCAGCUUUAUAUUAUAUUCCAUCAGCAGCUUUAGGAGCUAUGAUGGUAAUGGCAGUUGUCACGAUGAUUGAAAUGAGUAUACCAAAACAUAUUUGGAGUUUGCACAAAUGGGAUUUGCUGCCAUUUUUUGCUGCGUUUUUUACAAGUUUUUACAAACUAGAGUAUGGCGCCAUUGUAGGAACGGGUAUUGCAAUCUUAGCACUACUUUCCCGUGAAGCGCGUCCAAAAUAUUUACUUGAAAGGAAUGAAGCGGAAAAAUAUAUUAAACUAUUAUUGUUAGAAAACUUGACCUAUCCUGGUGUAGAAGCAGUGAAUAAAACAAUUUAUUCUGAAGUCAAUAACUGUACUUGGAUUGAAACUCUGUUUUUAGAUAUGUCUGCCAUGGUCCGAGUUGAUUUUACAAUACUUAAAAACUUUGAAUUUUUGAAAAGUGAAUUUUCAAAAAAGAACAUUUUACUUUGUUUCAUAAAUUUUUCUUGCACUUCAGUACAAAAAAAAUUUUUAAAGGCCGGUUUAAUUAACGUGGGAGAAGAUUUGACAAUAACAAAAAAUUCUUUAGCAAACACAGUUAUGAUGAUCGCAAAUGACAAACCGUUUAUUGAAACUAAAACUACAAAGUAUCUGAAAACUGGAUUAACUGAGGACGAUGAUUUAGAGUUAAAUACCAACAACUUGGGUACAGCGAGCACAAACGAAGAAUAUAAUUUAAACCAUUCUAAGAUUGACUGUUACUUAUUAAGCAAAUAUGUAUAAAUUUAAUACAAGUUAAUUUUGAUAUAUU